UACCGUCCACACAUCGCAAAGGAGUGUCAAAAUUGCAAUAUACGCAGAUUUGGAUUUCCUGAUGUUCAACAGCGGCGCAUCUUGACGUAUCUUCCUACGUCAUCCCGCCCGUGCUCGCCUUGUGACGCAGAGACCAUGGGUGCUUGUUUAUCCGUAUACGGCUAAUGCAGGCUAUCCGUUUGCAGAUCUGAAGUGACUUUGAAUACGAUCCUAGUCCUAUGGUGAAAUGUUAGGCAAUAUUCGAACCUAAGCUUUGGAGGAUCGGUAAUAAAGUGAUUAAGUCAUGAAUCUGCAUAUCUAUGAGUCUGUGCUUGAACUUCAAAACCGAUUAGAUACUGGAUAAUAUGGAGACGAAUCAUUCCAGCUUUCUAACUGGUGGAUUGCACGUGAACAUUUCUUUACCAUUCUAUCAUCUAAAGCCUGGUACUUCUUGCUCUAGUAUUAUAUUGACAUUUAAACCCGAAACUACUUGUUCUCAACUACCUUAAUUAUUUUUAUAUAUCAGAUAGGUACUUAGGUAUUAGCUUUUAUCUGCUUAUCGAGCAUUGAUUUUAUCCUUAUUGAUUAUAGUUCAACAACCUAUUCUUUUCCUUCUUUCUAAUUCUCCAUCGGUCAAGUUUGGGGGUCUCGUCAGCUUUUAUAGGCCGAAGUUACACCCUUUUCAGACACCUUUCCCUAAACUCUGGUUUCUCACAGCGCGUUGAGCAUUCAACAUGCCGCCCCUGCCGUCACCUACGCAUUUCUUAUGCAUACCACUUGUUACCAGGGCGUCUCGCCACCAACUUUCAGCAAGUCUAUCGGCUUUUAGUGCAGAUGUGACUAGCCCAGAUAGCUUUGCCAUACCUGAGCAAGCCGUCCGACCACUUGGCACACUUCACUUGACAAUCGGUGUCAUGAGCUUCCCAAAGGACGAAGGCCUCGAAAAGGCCGUGGCGUUGCUGAAGACACUAGUACCUAGGAGUAUAUUGACUAGUAUUAAAGUAGCUGAAGCCACUUCGGCCGGCAUGACGAAAGAACCGAGUGGAUCGCCGCCACCUUUGUUGUCUUUAACGUUGAGAGGUCUACAUUCAAUGCAGCCGUCGGCGUCCAAAACAUCCGUGCUUUAUGCAUCGCCAAGUGACACUGAAGGGACCCUGCAACGAUUUUGUGAAGACCUGCGGUCGACCUUCCAGGAGGCGGGAUUAAUGGCCGUUGAAAAUCGACCAUUAUUGCUACACGCCACUAUCCUGAACACGGUUUACGUCAAGGGGAGGAAGAAGGGGCGCAAAGAGAAGCUUUUGAUCGACGCAUGCGGGAUACUAGAUCGAUAUGAUGAUUUUGUAUGGAUGGAAGACGUACCCGUGGAGAAGAUUGCGAUUUGCAGGAUGGGCGCAAAGAAGCAAGAGGAUGGCGAUGAAGCAUAUGAAAUCGAAGCGGAAAUUGAUCUAGAUUAACGGCAAUUAGCUAUUUAAUUAGCAUCCUCCUUCAGUUCUUCAUUCCGAGCUUGUUAGUUAACAUUAGAAGUGCAUACCUAGGUACAUAUUUAAGAAACAUUGAAAGUCAAGAAUGGCUGAAUCGGAUGUAUAUAUACUUCUUGUAU